AUGCUGGACGCCUUUGAAAUUGUGACGACUUCGGGUAUCGUCAUCUGGCGCAAGCACUUCACUCCUCUGUCCUCGAAUGUGAUCAACAGUCUCAUCACAGAUGUCUUUAUCGAAGAACGGCAGAAACCUCCGGCGGUCGAGGGAGCUCCCGGCCCGGCAUACAGAAAGGACAAAUAUACGUUGAAGUAUGCGACAGCGAAAGAUGUUGGGUUGAUAUUUGUGGUGGGUAAGAGGUAGGAUGGAUAGCGACUGCGAGGCUGGUGGGCUGAUGGUUCUGCAGGCUGUGUAUCAAUCGCUACUACAUCUCUCCUGGGUGGAUAAUCUUCUGACGGCCGUGAGAGGACUGUUCACAAAGCAGUACGGAAGUGAACUACGAAAGCCGGACACCACGACCAUCAACUGCAAAGGCUUCGACCAGACCUUCGAUGCGCUGGUGAGGAAGCUAGAUACGGGCAGUACAAGGCGCAGACCCAGCGAGCCAGAUUCGGAGAGCCAAGUGGAGCUCACACCUCCCUCGAGUUCGGCUUCAGCAACAGACGAUGUCCCCGGAGACGAACCUCCGCCUCCGCCAAUCGCACAAUUCAAGAAGCCCGCCAUACCUCGAAAAGACGCAGUUGUCGACGACAACACAAGCACCGAUGUCACACCCGUAGCGACUCCGGACACUUCAAGACCGGCGACACCUCUUCAUGCGCCGUCGCAUUUGCUGGCUGCGAAGGCAGGACCCGGCAAGCAGUCGCGCAGAGCGCGGAAGGCUGGGAAUGCAGCCUUUGCGAGCUCGGCGCCUGCAUCUUCUGGGGACGAAAGCCCGGCGAGGUCUGCGAAGAGCGGCAAGAGCAAUGUCAAGUCAAAAAGAAGAUGGGACGUGGACGGAAUGGCUGUUGAAGGAGACGACGAUGUGGUAUUGGAUUAUAGCGCAGCUGCGCCUUCGUCAGCAGCAGACGAGGAGCAGCUAGACGUAGAUGAGGUCAAGACGGACCAGAUGGGCAACAGAACAGGUAAGGGGCAAUUUGUUCUGAAAGAUCUCGAUGACGAGGUGGAUGCCAUUCUUGCAGAGUCGAAGCAGAAGCAGCAAGACUCGGAUAGCAAAGAAAGCUCCGGUCUCUUUGGUACGGCCUCGAGCAAGCUCACAGGCCUCUUCCGCAAUGUGGUAGGUGGCAAGACGCUGUCGAAAGAGGAUCUUCAGCAACCACUGCUUCAAAUGCAGAACCACCUGCUAGAGAAGAACGUCGCCAGAGAGGCAGCAGAGCGAUUGGCUGCCAGCGUGGAAGCCGACUUGCUGAACCAAAGGACGGCAUCGUUCACAUCGAUCGACAAGACUAUCCGGGAGAGCAUGUCCAAGGCUCUCACGCGCAUCCUCACGCCUACGAGCAGUCUGGAUCUAUUGCGAAACAUCAACAGCACGAUAUCUGGACCGAACCCGAGGCCAUACGUAAUCAGCAUUGUCGGCGUCAACGGGGUUGGUAAAAGUACCAAUCUGAGCAAGAUUGCAUAUUUCUUGCUGCAGAACAAGUUUCGUGUGUUGGUGGUGGCGGCAGACACGUUCCGAAGUGGAGCAGUCGAGCAACUACGAGUACACGUGCGGAACCUGAGCGAGCUCGCGCGGCGAGAGAACGUGGGCCACGUCGAGCUCUUCGAGAAGGGCUAUGGGAAGGAUGCAGCGACAGUAGCGAGAGAUGCGGUGUCGCAUGCCACCAACCACGGCAAGGGGGAUAUGCUGUUCGAUGUCGUGUUGAUUGAUACAGCGGGACGAAGACAUAAUGACGCCAGGCUCAUGAGCAGCUUAACCAAGUUCGGCCAGCUCGCCAACCCGGACAAGAUCUUCAUGGUCGGCGAGGCGCUGGUCGGCACGGAUUCGGUUGCGCAGGCGAGAAAUUUUGCCAAAGAGUUUGUUGAUACAAAAGGACAGAUGAGGAAUGGGGGUGUUGGGAUGGAUGGGUUUAUUAUUUCGAAGUGCGACACUGUGGGUGACAUGGUGGGCACUUUGGUUAGUAUGGUGCAUGCUACUGGUAAGUCGCCAUCCUGCUAUUCGAGACGUGGAGGCUUGACGCUAAUGACUGAUGGAUAGGUAUACCGGUUGUUUUCCUGGGAGUGGGACAGCACUAUGGUGAUUUGAGAGGGUUGAAUGUUGACUGGGCGGUUUCGAAGCUGAUGAAGUAG